GAACGGUUGUGCUCAAGCUUUCCUCACUCAUUGAAUAUUGUUCGCGGCAAACAUGUCACUUAUAUUAAAACUCGUUGUAAUUAUUAUACCAAUUAUCGUGCGAUGUGGUAAUAUAAGUAAUAUAAGUGAAUUAAAAGACAGUAAAGAAAUAAACUACGUUUACGAACAUAAUAAUACAAUGUUUGAUUUACGUGAAUACAAUCAAUCAGUGAUAUUAAGUCCAUUUAAGUGUCAAAGUGAUUUCUUGUGGCGUUGCUCAAAUAAAUUAAAACAAUGGAAGAAGAGGAGAAGAAUUAAGAGAUUUUUUGUGGAAGAAAGUUUUAGCAACAUAAGAAAAAGGAGUUUGCAUGAAAGUAUAACUUACUCUAAUGUGUCAAACAUAUCAAUGAUAGACACAGAUGCGAUAAGUCUGGCACUUAUCGCGAGAUUCAAAGAGAAAUGGCCAAUACAUUUGUGGAAGGAAAAUGGAUGGUUCAGUGAUGAAUAUCUGUUCAUGAUAAACCCACAUUGGCUUCGAUUCUCUCCUCCUCCGCCUGUUAUUCACUACACCCUGGCCAGUAUUUACAUCGCCAUACUGGUUACUGGCUGUUUCGGAAACAUAAUGGUACUUUAUAUGUAUUGCAGAUGUCGCACGCUGCGGACGGCGGGUAACAUCCUCGUCGCGAACCUGGCUCUCAGCGACUUCAUAAUGCUCGCUAAAACUCCUAUAUUUAUUUUCAACUCGUUUAACCUCGGCCCGGCAUUAGGUAAAACUGGUUGUGUCAUUUAUGGUUUCUUGGGAGGUUUAACUGGAACAACAUCGAUUGCGACUCUAACAGCGAUAGCAUUGGACCGAUAUUGGGCCGUUGUCCGUCCGCUAGAGCCCCUCACAGCACUUACCGCAGUAAGAGCCCGCAUGCUGGCAGUGGGGGCUUGGAUCUACGCAGCUAUAUUUUCUGCAGUACCGGCUUUAGACAUCGGCUAUGGACAUUACGUGCCAGAGGGGUACCUAACGAGUUGCAGCUUCGACUACCUUACAGAAGACUUAGGACCGCGCUAUUUCAUCUUCGCAUUUUUCUGUGGAGCUUGGCUCUUGCCAUUUUGCACGAUUUUUUUCUGUUACACAAGUAUACUACAAGUGGUCGUUUGCAAAAGAAAUAUGUCAUCAAAAAAUCAAGAACAACGAUUAUCAUCGAGACAUGUAAAAGAACAAACUAAACGAAAAGCCGAAAUUAAAUUAGCGCUAUUAGUCAUAAUUGUAAUAGCUUUAUUUUUUAUAUCGUGGACACCCUACGCCAUUGUGGCACUUUUGGGCAUAUUCGGUAAAAAGAACCUAAUAACCCCCACGGCUUCGAUGAUCCCAGCGCUAUUUUGUAAGACUGCAGCUUGUAUUAACCCUUUUAUUUAUAUCAUAACUCAUCCUAAAUUCCGUAAAGAGUUACAGAAAAUAAUAUACAGGGAUAAAUCGAAGCGUAUGAGCGGUACGUUGAGAACUACUGGUUAUUAUACCGAUUCCAGCAAGAUGCACAGACCAAGCAAAGACUUCAGCGAUACAGAUGUUGAAAUACUUGAAAUGAAAGACAUUCCUUUCCGAACUGGUUUAAAUAGAAACACUAGUUAUAAUUUAGAAACGAUAUCGUCGCGGAUCUCUGAACGCGACGGCUCGCAGAGAAGUGCAAGUUUGAAGAGUUUCGAAGAGAGCGUCGUUAGCCCACCCUCGUGGUACACUAAACCACAGUUUUCGAAAAAAAGAAGUUUCCAAAGAAGAUCAUCACAACGAGCGGGGCAGUGAAAUGUUAAAAUUUUCUUUUUGGAUAGUAUUAAUAUUACAAAAAUCAUUAAGCGUAUAUUUUGUAGACGUAGUAGUGAUAUUUAUUGCAAUUCGAAGGCACUUCUUAUUAUGUAAAUAAAUGUUUAGGUAUGUUCUAUUGUCACGGGUGAAACCUAGUCACGAUAGAUGAUAGUAUCACAUUAGUUAUAAAAAUUAUAGAUGAUGACAAAAACCAGGGCGGGAUUACUAAGUGUACUGAAAAACAGACCUUUAGGAUGAACGAAGGCAAGAAGAAAAUGCAUUGAUAGUGACAAGGUGUCAAGGAACUUCUUCUUUUUCUUUAAAUGGGUCCUUUUUAAAUUCAGAAACAUCCAUAAUUAAUAAGAAAUUGAGACAUCAAUGACGAACUAUGAUCACUUAUGGCACAAAAACCCGGGUUUAACUAUUAUCGUAUUUUAUGCUGCUCUGGGAUGGUAAACUUUGUAAAAUAUCUAAUACAAGUUUCAGAAUGAAGUUGAAAAAGCUUAUUUCCUAUUCGUGUUAGCUUUACCAACUAGCUUUAG